CAUACGACCACCCUAUAUUGAAAAAAUACACCAAAAGGCGACGCGCUCAAAAGGAACUCGAGGCAACAAGAAUGAGUUUGGUUACGAUAAACCUAACGAUCUACGCCCUAGUGGUGGUCUCCUGUGCACUUUUCGUGGACGGUUUUCACGAUGGAGCACCGGUGGACACUUGCGUGAAACCGACUCGUCCCAACGAGCCACAUCACGGCGAUUCAAGAUCGCAACCCGCUUCGUCCAACCCUUACACUCUCGUCGCUUCGUCCUCGCACUAUAGUCCUGGCUCGCAGAUAACUGUAACCAUCAGUGACUCGACUUUCCGAGGAUUCUUCCUCCAGGCACGUGACCCCGUUACAGAUAGCUGGAUCGGUUCCUGGGCCCAAACAGAGAACACGAAGACCCAUCCCGAAUGCAGCGCCGUGACGCACGCUGAUCGAGAUGUAAAGGAGCACGCGACACUUGUUUGGAAUGCACCGCCGAACGCAAGCGGAAGGGUGUACUUCACCGGCACCAUUUUAAAAGAAUUCGCAACCUAUUGGUCCAAUCUGGUAGCUUCGUCCAAAUAA